AUGCGAUCCCGGGGAGCGUGCGCCCGGGCCCGCGAGGGGUCGAGGGAGCUCGAGACCCGCUGCGCGGCGGACCCAAGGGAGCCACGUCCAGCGACUCGGGUCGUGGUCAGGGUCGGGGCUUUCGGACUCGAGCAGUGGGGGUCAAAAUGGUCUGGAGCGGAGGGCUGCGCGCCCCGAGUCCAGACCAGGGGCCUGGGCACAGCUGCGCCUUCUCUGGCUGCGGGGCCGGGGGAUCGCGCCCAGGACCCUUUUCCACCAAGCGGCUUCGCAGCGGGAGCGGUGGAAAUGUGUCCUGCUAAUGAGACGGCGAGCCGGGGGCGGAGAGUGGUGACUGUUCCCGAGCCGAGCGUCUGCAAUCCCCUCGCGCACCUUGGCGAGCUCGUUUUGUACCAGAGCAGAGCCGGGGUCAGCGCCCUGAGCCAGGGGUCACCGCGAGGGGGAACGUGCUGCAGAAGGGAGCAGCAGCGCCGCUUUGGGGGUGCUGGGGAAAAAGUGCGUGCUGAAACCCGAGACGUCAAUUGGCAACGGAAAGCAAAGACUAGAAGUUUCCUCAUCUGGAUGCUCAGCAAGUUGGAUUCCCCAAGCACAAGCCCAGUGGCCUACCUGGAAGAAGCCGGGCAGCCGGAGGGACACAGGUCUGCAGCAGAGCCUGCUCAGAGGCCCUCGGAGAUGGCACAGGGAACAAAGGCAGAGAUUCUGAGAAAACCAAGGGAGAAGGCGGCGGAGUGAUUGGCAGAGAGUUCCGCUUCAUCGUCCUGGGCAGCGCCUGCCUGGCCCUCCCUUAUCUUUGCUCAGUCUCCUCCUAUGUGGCUUGGCCCCCUCCCUGGUUCACUUUAGCUCUGGGUGACACAUUUUCUGCAAGAUGGGUUUCACUGAUGAAUUUACUGUCCAGCAGGAUGGAGACAGAAAGGAAAUGAAACCACAUUACGAAUUUCCAUGGGAAGUGGCAGACCCUCCCGCUCCCCAUAAGGGACCCCACCCUUAAAGAUGGGAGGUGAGAGGUGUCAAAGACAAGGCUCCCUCAUCCAUUCAGCCGUCACAGCACUGGGCUGGACCCUGAGGAUGCCAGGUCCAGUGAGGACGCCCCGUGUGCACACAUGGGGUCUAUGGGUCAUAUUUCUGUGAGUUUCCUGCCCUGGAUGGCAUCCUUUAGUCAGACACAGACGUGCGGUGACCCCGUACCUGCCCUGUGUCCUGGGGGAAAAGCAGCUGUCUAUUCCCCCAUGUUUACCCUGGCCCCACGCUGCUCUUACCCCUUCCUCUUUGACAGGAAAUUGACUAGUUUUUGGUGACAUUCAUCUGUGUUUUUCUUCUUUUGAAGGAUUUGGAGGGGAGCCAAAUAGAAUGAGAGGCUGUAUUUAAAUAGGAAUAACGGGAAAGCAGGAGGUUGAGUGGAUUGAGACAAAAGGGAGGAGCUGGGCUCCCCCACACAACAGGUAAUAGUUAAAUCAACGCUGCCACGGUUGCCAUGUGGGAAGCCUGUGUUUUCCUGCAUGGCAGAAGCUGGCAAGAAACUGAAACCAGGCUGGGGCAAGUGAGCAGCCACAAAUGAAGACCGGAGGAAGGAAGUGGACAGGACUGGCUGUACUUCACUAGGCGGGCAUGUCGUUUUGUCAGGUUGGUGGGAUACUGGGGAUUUAACCCACGAUCUUCACACUAAACUACAUCAUCAGUCCCUGUUUACUUGUUAUUUUUGGCCUUACUAAGUCAUCGAGUUACCCAGGCUGGACUGGAAUUACAAUAUAUCUGCCUCAGCCUCCCAGAGUGCUGGUGUUGCAGGUGUGUUACCACCACCAUGCCUGUAAGGUUUUCACUGCUGUGCUUUCAAAGAAAAGUUAUUCCUUUCUUUCCCUUUUCCUUCCCUUUCUGACCAGUUUUGUCUAGAAGUUACUCCAAGGAGCUGAGCAAGAGGUGUCUCGGAGGGAGUCUCAGUGGUUUGGUGGGAGGCACCAGAACACUAGGGGGUGAGGUUGGCAUCAGCUCUGCAUGGGACUCCAGGGCAGGAGGGUGUCUGUAUUUGGGGCAGGGCUCUGUCAGGAAAAUGGGCUACUUAGAGUGGGAACAAUCAAAUAAUACAACAAGGAACAUAGAGGUAGCAUGUCCUAGCCAAGAAGAAAGUUUCGUUAUAUGGAAAAUAAAAACACCAGAAUAACCAUUGUUGGAAUAGAACUGAAAUAGUUAUGGCGAGCUUAUGUCUUUUAUAGAUGGACAAAGACAUGUACACAUACACACAAUUACAUAGCAGUGUCCAUGGGGAGGACCAUAGGGAGGGACUGGGACAUCCCUACAAAAAUGUGCCCACAUUUGGUUUUCCAAUACUGUUUUCCUUUGAAAGUAUCUGGGGCUUCUUGGAGAAAUAGAUGAUUCUAGGUCUGGGAGAGAAAUAGACAAAGGUACCUGGAACCUCUUAUCUCAGAAAGUAAAGAAUCUCUUAAUUGAAUGAUGAAUGCUUGUCCAGAGGACACUGGCCAGCUAAAGAGUUGUCCACUGGCCAUGUUAGACUAUUCAACCACUAAAAUAUGUAUUGAUAUGUAGUUUAAUAUAUGUAUUUUCAGCCUAAAGAAUAAAGUGAAAAGCUGUGAAUUCUGCUGACUUAAAACUGUAAUAAAUGAGUAUGUUGAAA